AAACUUUUUUUUAUUUUUUUUUUGCCACAAGUCACCUGAGACUUGAGAGUGCCAGUCCACCUCCCAUGUUCUCCUCACCUAUGAGUAGAUGCCCAUGCCCUGGGCUCGUGAUGGGUAUACACUGUUAGGCUCCGUGAGUACCUAACCCAUAACCACAUGACUUAGACUCACGUUGGGUGCACCGAAUUGGCCUAGACCCAUGUCCACUGUUUAGCACCACGAGCACCUGACUCAUGUUGGGGACACUGUUAUGCACCACGGGUCCGCACCCUUGCUGUGCUUGGCUCGCACCUGCUGGUUCACACAUACGGCCACGGGGGUUCGAGCCCAGGGAUCCCCAUGGAAGGUUUACAUAGGCCAUGUCCAAAAUUCUCCACAAGAAAAUUGUGGGGGCCUUUGCAAACAAUCCCAUAAAAAACACUAUGCGCCCUUUCAAAACAAUCCCCUAUAAAACUUCAAAAGUCUCCCUUGAAGUAAAUUAAUGAAGCAAGAGAAAGCGAAGCAUAUUGGCAUGGCAUGAAACGUUUCCAAUGCAUAACCUCCUCUCUCACAACAAAUUCACAUCAAGUUUCUCUCUUCAACUCCUGCCUUGUCAGACGCCAACUAAAUACCAUCUCUCUUCCUCAAACCUCCCCCACCCCAAAUCUUGAAACCCAAAAAAUUCAUGCCCAUCUUUUUAAAACUGGAAUACCUUUGCAUUCUUCCAAUUUGACACAACUGGUGCGCUCGUAUUGCAAGCUCAAAUCCUUCACAGAAGCCCACAAAUUGUUUGAUGAAAUUGCUCCCGGGGACUUAGUUUCUUGCACAGCCAUAAUCGGGGCACUCGCUCGCCAUGGUCGAGGUGAAGAGGCAUUAUGCCUUUUCAAAAGGAUGCAUUUUCUUUGUAUUAUGCCAAACCAAUUCACUUUCGGAACUGUCAUUCACGUGUGCACCAAUCUCUGCAAUUUAGCGGCUGGGGAGCAACUGCACGGGCUUUUAAUGAGAAUGGGUCUACAAUCUGAUGUUUUUGUGGGCACAGCAUUGCUUGAUUUUUAUGCCAAACUGGGAAAAAUUAAUGAAGCCAAGAGUGCAUUCGCGGACAUUUGGGAGCCCAAUGUGGUCUCCUUUACAGCACUCAUAAUGGGUUAUUUGAAGAAUGAGAUGAUUGACGAUGGUUUGGAGGUGUUUAGAGUUAUGCCCAACAGAAAUGUGGUUUCUUGGAAUGCGAUGAUUGCGGGGUUGAGUCAAGCGGGUCACAACGAGAUGGCAUUAAAUCUGUUUGUUGAGAUGUGUCGAGAGGGAGAGAGGCCUAACCAAUCCACCUAUCCAUGUGUUUUCAGGGCAGCUGCAAAUGUGGCUGCUCUUGGCAUAGGCAUGCAUUUGCAUGCCCAUGCUGUGAAGUUGUUGGAUGGAUUUGAUGUCUUUGUGGGCAAUUCUUUGAUAAGUUUUUAUGCAAAGUGUGGAAAUGUAGAAGAUGGGAAGUUGGUUUUCAAUCAAAUGCAGGAAAGGAACAUUGUUUCUUGGAAUGCUUUGAUUUCAGGGUAUGCUCAAAAUGGUCAGGGAAGCGAGGGAGUGAAUUUAUUCAAGGAAAUGUGUGUUUCUGGUUUCAAACCGAACAGUGUUACUGUUCUUUGCCUGUUGUUUGCUUGUAAUCAUGGAGGCCUCAUAGAAGAGGGGUGCGCGUAUUUUGAGUCGGUGAAGAGAGAGAAUCCCCAAUUGCUGGGGCCCAAACACUAUGCUUCUAUGGUUGAUCUUCUCUCUAGGUCAGGAAAUUUUGAGAAGGCCAACAAGUUCUUGAUUGAUUUGCCAUUUGAUCCUGGAAUUGGGUUUUGGAAAUCAUUGCUUGGUGGCUGCCAAAUUCAUUCAAACAUAGACUUGUCUAACUAUGCAGCUCAACGCCUUCUCGACUUAGAUCCUGAGGAUGUUUCAAGCUAUGUAAUGCUCUCAAAUGUUUUCGCGGUUAUGGAUCAGUGGCAGGAUGUGUCAAAGGUCAGGAGAUUGAUGAAGAAUAAGGGGAUGAAGAGAAUCCCUGGUUGCAGCUGGAUUGAAAUAAGAGAUAAGGUUCAUGCUUUUGUGAAUGGGGAUAGAAGGCACCCAGAGAUUGAUGAAAUAUAUCGGGCGUUGAUCGAAUGCUAUUUGCAGUUGAAAGAAGCAGGGUACGCUCCAAAACCACUACUUAAAUUUGAAUGUGAUGUGGAAUGAUUGUCUCAAAUUGCCUUCUUUUUUGAGAGAAAAAAGCACGACAUAUGAGCAAGGAAGGUGAUGAAAUGCACAACUCCAAAUCCACUAGACUGGAGAAAAUACAGUCCAUUUGAGUCGUCACCUUAAUAAAAAGAAGGCAAUGACCCUGUAUAAAGGGCCAUGACUCUGACGGUAGAUCCUAUUCUGUUCACGGCACUGUUUGUAAAACCGGCCGAUCUAAUCACUAACUGGCCGGUUAGAUCUGAACCAGCCAACGACCGCUUCCGGUUUUGAUGGUCACCCAGUAUUUUAAACUUUAAA